UCUUCUUUUCCAAGAAUUUUCUUCAAUUGAGUAUAUGUCGUUCUUCCUACUAGAGCUUCUUAGCCAUUCCACUCAUUUCGGUUGAAAAAUUCCUCCAUUAGCUAAAGGAAACUCAUGCUCAAUGACGUUAGUUUCCAAGAUUUGGUAAUUUUGCACUUGAUGGGCUUAUCUUUACUUGGGACAUAGCUAUGUUUGAGAUCAAAAUGUAGCUAUUAUCUAUCACUUUCACUUCUGGUGAACGACAUACUCGAACAUAACCAAUGAAGCUUUAUACAGAAGAGGUUUACAAGAAGAAUCCACCUGAAGUCUAGCUGACUGGAAGAAGACAACUACGACACUACCUUCUUAAAAUAUGCCACCAAAGAUGAGUAUUCUUAUCAAGUGCCUAAAUGAUAACCAUUCUGCACUUGAGAAACUGUCAAAAUGUCUUGACAGAGAAUUCCCUCAUAUAAAGUGCUGGUUACACUUUGCUGAGCAGAUGAAAAUUGAGAAGGAUGUUAUAUGUCAGUGUAGACUUUACUCAGAGUACAGUCCAACUGUCAAGCUGUUUGAGUUCCUGAAAGCAACAAGACCAGAGUUAUCAGUGAAAGAACUCACAAGUGCCUUGGAAGAGAUGAAAAGAAUUGAUAUUCAAUUGAUGGUUUUUCAAACUUAUAAAAGUGAAGACAAAGUGUCUAGAGUCAUCACAGACUCGUGUUCUGAUCAUGUUAUGGAUGAUAUUGCACAAGAACUUGAUUCAGCAAGUAAGCCAUUAGGCAACUGGGAAAAACUUGCUCAAAACUUGGGAGUUCCUCGUGAUAUUUAUCAAAGGUUUGCAAUGUACAGUGAUUAUAACCCAACUGUUGCAUUGGUGCGAUACCUUUACACAACCAGCAAGAAACCCAUUCUUUUGAAGGACUUCAUGGAUUGUUUCCAUAAGAUGGGAAGGGAAGAUGUUCUUAAGAAAGUGAAGCAAAUUAUUAAAAAAGAAG